AAAUCUCUAAAAAGCUAGCAAACAAAAAGUUUAUAGAAUUUGACUACCAGUGCCAAAUGCUACAGCGCAUUAGAUUUUUAGCAAUGGCAGCAACUUCCUCUUACAUUGCUUGUUCAAAGUUCUCUAUGCUGGGUUGGCUUGGAGGCAGAAGAGAGCUGAGAAGGAGACGUGUAAUCUCUAUUUCAGCUCAGCAGCAAUCUGAAGUCCAAGGAUCACAGGUAGUGGAUGCACAAGAAGAAAAGGAGCUAGAACAGGAGAAAGUGAAGCAACCAACGCAACCAAGACCAGUGGAACCACAAGUGAACGUGAAGAGCAAGAACAUGAGCAGGGAAUAUGGAGGGCAGUGGCUCAGCAGCGUCACACGGCACGUGAGGAUCUAUGCUGCCUACAUUGACCCAGAAACUUGUGAGUUCGAUCAAACUCAGAUGGAUAAGCUCACCCUUAUCCUUGAUCCUACAGAUGAGUUCGUUUGGACAGAAGAGAGUUGCCAUAAGGUUUACUCCUACUUCCAGGAGCUUGUGGAUCACUACGAGGGUGCCCCAUUGACAGAAUACACACUGCGACUGAUUGGUUCGGAUAUAGAGCACUACAUAAGGAAGCUGCUGUAUGAUGGAGAAAUCAAAUACAACAUGAAUGCAAGGGUCCUGAAUUUCAGCAUGGGGAAACCACGCAUUCUAUUUAACAAUGAUGGCCAGCUGGAAGAUGUACAAUCAUAAGAUACAGAUAGGGUGUCCAGACAAAACAUAGAUGAAUGCAUCAAGUUGAGAUGUGGAAUGUUUAAAUACAGUUUCAUACUGACGGCUCAUCUCCAUGAGCCGCUAAAAGUUGCAUGAGUAUUUAGCAUUCUAUGCAUUGGCACCUUCUACCUGGCAUAGUUUCUGGAAGUACAACCUUCGCAUCUACCAAUCUUCUUCACAUGCUAGAUUAUAUUUCAUGAUCUAA